AUGCGUUUCGCUACAUUGUCAGCUGCUCUCCUAGGCCUCGCUCAAUAUGGGCACAGCUUACCAGUCGAAGCCGAUGGAGCAUCUGUGCUUGAUGUUGCUUUGACCCGGGUCAGUGACACCCGCAUCAAGGCUGUUGUGAAGAACUCUGGCAAGGAGGAUGUUACUUUCGUUCAUCUAAACUUUUUCCGGGACAGUGCACCUGUGAAGAAGGUCGACGUUUUCCAGAAUGACAAGGAAGUUACAUUCGAAGGAAUCAAGCGUCGGUUCAAGCUGGAGGGACUCACCUCGGAAGCUCUUACCUCUCUUGCAGUAGGAGAGACAUUUGAGGAUGAGUUUGAUAUUGCGACUACCAGUGACCUCUCGACUGGUGGCCCCCUGACAUUGCGGUCUAGUGGCUUUGUACCUAUCGUCACGAAUGGUACCGUCACUGGAUAUGCGCCUUACCGGUCCAAUGAUCUUAAGAUCGAGGUGGAUGGUGUCAAGGCAUCUCGUGUUUCGAAGGCUAUCAAGCCUCUCAGUCGACGCACAAGCGAAAGCUGCAGCAGCUCUACCAAGAAGUCGGCGCUGGACAAAGCUCUGAGCAAUACCGUAUCCCUGGCAAACGCGGCGGCCUCUGCUGCACUCACGGGAUCAGCCUCCAAGUUCAACGAGUACUUCAAGACAACCUCCACCUCCACUCGCCAGGUGGUGGCAGCUCGGUUGAAGGCUGUUGCCAAGGAAGCUGGUUCCACUUCGUCUGGUUCGACAAAGUACUAUUGCACCGAUGUGUACGGAUACUGUGAGACUAAUGUCCUUGCAUACACACUGCCGUCUCUCAAUGUCAUCGCCAACUGUGACAUCUACUAUUCCUACCUGCCAGCUUUGGCAAGUAGCUGUCACGCACAGGAUCAGGCUACCACCACCCUGCACGAGCUCACCCACGCCCCAGGUGUCUACAGCCCUGGAACCGAGGAUAAUGGAUACGGAUAUUCCGCUGCUACCGCUCUCUCUAGCAGCCGCGCCGUGUUGAAUGCAGACUCUUAUGCGCUGUACGCCAACGCAAUCUACCUUGGAUGCUGA